GAUUUUUCUUCUCCCUUUCUCAUCCUGCAAGACAUCCACUCGCUUUUUUCUUUCGUGAUAAUUUAUUAUCUUAGGGUCCAACUCCAUUCUUUGGCCCGGCGGUAACUUACCCCCUGUUCCGGUAAUACGGAGACCUGCUCCCGUGACCAACACCGCCGCCGAUCGUCUUCAAGAUUGCCUCCCAGUCGAAGUCACUCCAGUCUCUCGGUAUUCCAGCCAGCUUGCUCUCUCGUUCUCUCGCCCGCGGCGUCCUUUUCACCACUCUGCCAUUCUCUCACGACCAUUUCCUCUUCAUUCCUGUCACUUGAUUCCUCCUUUCUCUUCGCUCGAUCUCCGAUCAAUACCGCCAAAGUGUCUUCCCUAAUCGUUCCCCGUGCCAUCUCCUUCCCCCCGGACGUCGACGCUGCGUCGCGCCGGUUGACCCCGGAGACCACCAUGGCCCAGGGCAAAGCUGGACGGAGGAGACGGUCGAGUAGCAUCAUCUACCAAGAGCCUCCCGAGUCCAUUGAGCACACCAGCGACCAGGCUGCCCUGCCCAAUUUGAAUGCGAACUGGGUCAACGCCAAGGGAGCCUGGACCAUUCACUUCGUUCUCAUUAUCGCCCUCAAGAUCUUGUUCGACAUCAUUCCCGGCGUCUCGCAGGAGACCUCAUGGACGCUCACCAACAUCAGCUACAUGUUCGGUUCUUUCCUCAUGUUCCACUGGGUGCGGGGCAUCCCUUUUGAAUUCAACGCCGGCGCGUACGACAACCUCAAUAUGUGGGAGCAGAUCGACAAUGGAGACCAGUAUACCCCCACGAAGAAGUUCCUCCUCUGCGUACCCAUUUGUCUCUUCCUCCUUAGCACACAUUAUACCCACUACGACUUGACGUAUUUCACCAUCAAUUUCCUUGCAACCCUAGGAGUUGUCAUUCCGAAAUUGCCGUUUUCGCACCGUCUGCGAAUAGGUCUCUUCUCUGAUAUACCCGAAGAGUAGUCGCUCUCUCUCUUCCUCUUUCCUUUCCGUUUCCUUUUUGGCUUUAUCUACUUGCUCUCAUUCCCUUACACUUAACCUGUGUGUUAUUGCUUCUCACUACUAAACUACUACUUCUCGUUCUUGAUAAUAUUCUCCGCUUGGCGUCGCUGUCUCUUUCCUUGCCUCGCUGUUCUUUUAACGUCUUGCUUUAUCCCAAACUUCUCUAUUGUGCUCGAUUUCGUGGGUCUCGUAUCCCGGCAUGCAAUGGGCGGACAGAUUCGUCAGUCUUGUUUCGGAAAACGAAAAGAAUGGAGGAGGCAAGGAAAGGG